AUGGAGGUAAAGGAUGAUAAACAGCAACAGCAUAAAAUAGGAGAUGCUGGCAUAGUAUAUGUGACUGAAAAAAAAGAAUUCAAACAUGAAAAAGACCCUGAAAAAAGUACACCACAAUCAAAACCACGUGUCAGAAGAGGACGCACAUCUUAUGCUAAAUUCAUUGAUACAAAUGCAAGAACAUGCAAUGAUCCAGUUCCUUACAUAGAUCUCCAAAAAGAGUCUGAAAAUCAGGGUGCCUGGUGGUCAUAUGAUAAAGGACUGGAACACCACUUCCAACCACCUUUUGAUACUAAAAGCACCCAGAGGAGUGACUUUCAAAAACCAACAUGUCCAUUGGUUUUGCCAGUCAAACACAGCAAGUUGCAAAAGCCUUCUUGUGGAAUAGUUCCACUUGCUUGUCCUGAUGCAUCUGCAGAAGUUCAAAAGAAUUUUAUAGAACGUAUCUCUUUUAUACAUCAAUAUGAUGCCCGGAAAACUCCCAAUGAGCCUAUCAGGGGCAAGAGACAUGGAGCCUUUAUUCAGGCAGAGGUAAAACUAGGGAGUGGGCCAAGAGUUCCUAAGGGAACAGAGGUAUUGCUGAAUGCUCCGGGGUCAUGUGCAUCAGAGCAGUCCGAAAAAACAGAGAAAGGAAAUUCAACAGAAAGCAAAAUGAUCUCACCGGGUCUCUGCCGACAAAAUUCCCAAGAGCUGAUAGAGACUGAAACUCACUUAUCAGAAACAGACGUCAGAGUGGCAGCCAAGGCAUGCCCCAGAAGUCCUGAGAGAAGGGGGAAGGUUGCCGAUGUCUUUCAAACAACUGCAGCAGAUGCUCCGAUCACCAGGCACAACCCCUCAAGUCCACCAAUAAAAAGUCAGGAUAAAUUAUCUUCUUCAGAUAAAGACAUAAUCCUCGGAAUGUAG